AUGUCGGUGGGUCUUCCUCGGGGCAAGUCUUCAGUGUCGUUGAAAGACGAGCCGCGCAAGAAACCGGUCAAGAAGUUCACUGCGGGCAAGCUGGCGAGGAAUUCGUCGUACGGGGCGCACUUGAACAAGCUCACGCGGAUCAAGAGCAACGACUCGGGGGGGAGCUCUUUGGCAGAGGCGGAACGACCCAACUUCUCGCGGUCCAAGUCCAGCGCAGACAUGCUCAAGAACAAGAACCACAACAAGUCGGUGAUGUAUCUGCUGGGCGGUGAGCGCACCAAGUCGAUGACCAAUCUCAAGGUGGUGACAUCCAAGCCGGGGAAACAUCGCUGGUUGCUGGGCACCAGAGAGGACUCGCCCAAGUCGCCCAAGUCGGCCAGGUCGGUCAACUCGUCCGAGGAGGAGGAGGUCGACUCGUUCGACGCCGAAGACGUGCGCGAGACAACGCCUCUUUACGACAGCCAUUUCAUUCUGUCGCAGUCGACCGGCCAGGCAAAACCGAUCUUUGAUGCUCCGCGACAGGCCACCGAGAACUCCACGCCCACGCUGUCCGAGCAGCGGUCGGGCUCGGCCUCCAGCUUGCGGUCGGUGUCGCAGCCCAGCGUUGCCGAGUCGCUCUCAAGCUCGGUGCCGGCCAAGUCCACCGUCGAGACAAGAACUCAGCAGAAGCUCUGGCUGCAGCGCGAGAACGUCAACUCGCUCGUCGACAUGGCCGACUCCAACAACGCGUUCGUGUCGAACGUGACGCGGCUCGAGUUCGAGCAGCUCUCGCGCGAGUUCCUCACCAUCCGCAGAUACAACAACCCGAUCGUCGGGUCGCUCGCGCGAGUCAACCAGAAGUCGCUUGCCGUGAAAAAGGUCAGAGACCAGCAGCCGCAGCCAGAAAAGUUCCCGGGCAACCUUGCCGAGUACGGGGCCAUGGUGGAGGAGCUGUGGAAGAAGAACUGCACAGACUUCCAGCAGGACCGCAAGGUCAAUUUCGAGCCCCAGGAGCCGAAAAGAGCUCCCGUGCCCAAACCCCAGCCCGUGCGCCAGUACGGCCAUCCGCCGCCAACCACCCGCGCCCAACAGCAAAUGAAACGCUCCUCUUUGAACAUAGUCAACCUACAAAAUUAG